UCCCGGGAGACCCGCAGGGCCUCGCCGGCCGGAGAGGCCCUGACUUGCGGGCCUCUCUCCCCGGGGAGAGCCCAUCUGCCCCCCGGGGCUCUGGCUGUGCUGGCCGGGGCAGCCGGCCGUGCCCCCGCCUCCCUUUGUUGCCGCCUCGCUUUCCCUGCAGCGCCGCGGGUGGGACCGCGCUGGCCCCGGGCCCGCGGCUCUGCCACCCUCAGGUUUAACCCAGAGCGCAGGGAGGGACGCGGCUUUCUGCUCCCCUGCCUGGCCGUGGCUCCUCCAGGGCAAGGGGAGCUUCGGCCUGAUAAGUCUGUACCUUUCAGAGCCUGAAUCCCCUGCCGCUUCCCAUCUUCCGUGCUUUCUCCCUGCUUCGGUGAAUUAUCCUUUUAGGUGUUGUUGGGUCCUUUCUGUGCCUGCUUUUUCGUUCGUGUAAACCUCGGCCUUCUUGCAGGGCUGUGUACUAAAAACCUUUGUACAAAAGCGUAAGUUGCUCCAAGCCAAUGUAGCCAUCUGUUAGGAAACACGGAAAAGUUUUCUAGAAAGCCUUAGGCAGAAGAUACUCAAGACUCAUAAUUUGUUGUUUAAAAAAAACUUGGAGAUAUCAGGUCCUCGUAAUUUGAAGGGUUUUUUUAUUCAAGCAUAAGCCCUGAAAGUAAAAAAAAAAAUAAAAUCAUCAUAUUUUGUAAAAAGUAAUGAUUUUCGUAAAAUCCAAGUUUAAUGCUAGCAGCAGUCUUCCAUUCCUGGUGAAUGCAUGGACCUGUUUGUUUGCUUCAUUGCUUGUUUGGGGCAUUUGCUAAAUUUUUUCUGUUGGUCCAACAUGUAGUCAGACAAUAAAGUGUCAACAAAGGAGACAGAAAAGAUAGAGGCAGAAUGAAGAUGCUUCUGUCUUUGUGCAAAAGGUAUUCAGUGUAUGCAUAUUCUGUUUAUGGAGUUUCCAGCUUAGUUUUACAGUACUUGUUUCUUUUCAACCCCAACAGUUUGUGUUUCUUUGGUGCAGUAAUGAGAGCCUUCUUGAUCACAGUCUGCUUUUGGCCUGACAGGCCCAAAGUCAAAGCUCCAUGUUGCCAUCUUUUCUGGAAGACCCUUGAAGUCUUUAUGAUGUCAUCAGAAUUGUGGUUUUUUUAGCCAGCACUUCACAUUUCUACCCAAACUCUAAAAGUACACAUUACACAUUUUGCAUUGCAGUUUGCCCCAGCCUCUUGUGCACCUCCUCACUGGCGGAGCAUGGGAAACUGAAAAGUCCUUGGUUUAAAGAAGCCUGACAAAUAGAAAAAUACUACAAAGUGAAGAGAAAAUUUACUUCAUGAGAACUGAGCUCUGCUUUCAUUUGCUUUUAAAUUUAUUUAUUUUAGUAGCUGAUUAGUGUCAGAUCAUCUCUGUAGUCUGCUGUGGUGAAAUUACUAGGUUAAGCCUGGAAAAAAUGAAACAGUUAAAAAGAAAAAGAAAAAGUAAUUUUAGUGUUCAGGAAACUCAAACUCUCCUUAAGGAAAUCAGAAAAAGGAGAGAAGUACUCUUUUCAAAGCAACUUAAUACAACAAUUAAUGAGAUGAAACGGAAAGCUUGGGAGGAAAUAGCUGAGUGUGUCAAUGCUGUAGGUGAAGGAGAGCAGAGAACAGGGACAGAAGUGAAAAGGCGAUACCUUGACUGGAGAGCACUCAUGAAGAGAAAACGUCUGAAUGCAAACAUCAAAGUAGUGGGUGCUGGGUUUCACCUUCCUUCAUCCAAUUUAGAUGACUCUCUCAAUGAAGACAUGGACGAGAAAAUGGGAUUUGCAAUUGAAUCUAGUUUUGAAUGGCAAAAUAUGACUGACUUCAGAGAAGCCGGUGGAUCUUUAACAGAAAUCAAAGUAGAAGAGGAAGAGGAGGAUCCGCAGAAUUUCGAAUUUCCUAUUGAGGAAGAGGAAGAAAUAUUGUCGUCAGUUUUGCCAGAUUCGAAAAAGGAAAAUGACCUACCAGACUUCCCCCACAUUGAAGAGUUUGGAAAUCUGAGCUCUGCUCAAGCUAGGCUAGCCUAUGAAGAUUCUCACUUGCUUAUAAAUCUGGAGAAGCAAAAGGUGGAGCUGGAGAAACAGCGACUGGACAUCGAAGCUGAAAGGUUGCAAGUGGAGAAGGAGCGCCUGCAGAUUGAGAAGGAGCGGUUGCGGCACGUUGACUUGGAGCGUGAGAGGCUUCAGAUUGAGAAGGAGCGACUUCAGAUUGAGUGGGAGAAGCUCAGGCUAGAGACUCUGCAUGCUGAAAAACCUGCUCUGGAAAAUGACCUCACCCAAUCUGAAAAACCCAUCAUGCAGCCUCUGGAUCUAGAAACUGAAAAGUUAAAACUUGAAAAGGAACGUUUGCAGUUAGAGAAAGAGAGGCUGCAGUUCCUAAAGUUUGAGUCAGAGAAGCUACAGAUUGAGAAGGAACGCUUGCAAGUGGAGAAGGAGCGCCUUCGAAUUCAGAGAGAGGGUCACUUGCAGUGAACGUCUCAGCUGAGGUGUCAACUUUAGUGUUUUGAUGUUUCUAAAUUAGAAGUAGUUCUUUCCUUGAUACUGAAACUGUCCUAGAGACUUAACAUUCUUCUGUUCAGAGUUGAAUGUUGAUGUUAAACUGGAAAAAAAAAAUGGUGCUCAGUAUGUCGGUGUGCCUACAUAAAUGAGCUUAUGUGUAAAAUUGCUUUUCAGUGUAUCAGAGCUUAACUGUUAACGUUCUCUUGUCUUCAGUAUUGUGCUGUAUUAGUUCGGUGUCCUCCUCUCAUAGUGGCCUUGAGAAGAGUCAAGGCUGAACCUUGUACUUUUUGUCACUGUACUUAUAGUAAGGAAGGAUCAGAAUAAAUCAGCGUUUGCUGUGAGGACGUGGUGCUGACAAUAGCCUAUAUGAUAAAGAAGUAUAAUUUCAGCAGAACACAGGAAUACAGUCAAUAUGAGAGCGAUUCAUUACAUUUUAUUCCUGUCCUUUUUUUUUUUUUCUCCACCCCCACAAUUGGGAAAAACAGUUGAAGAGUUAUCCAGAAGUUAAAAGUGCAAGUUAAGUUUGUUGCAGUUGUGUUUACUGUUGUUCCAUGGCUUGACCUGAAUGGGAGUGCAGAAAGAAACAUUUGAGUUUUUUUGGUUUUGGUUUUUUUUUUUUGUAGAUGAAAUAUUUGUGUUAGGUCAAGUUACACAUCAGCCAUACUUACUAUAAGCUGGCCUGUUGGUUUCACCAGAUCAUUAAUAAUGCUGUAUGGAGUAGAGCACGUAUGUUAGCAUAGCACAAGGAUUUACUGAUUGAUAAGGCAUGCUGACUAAUGAGUCUGUGAUGACCCCCUGAAGGAAAAUGCUAGACCUUCAUGGAAGGCAGCAGCUGGUAAUGGGAGUCUCAGAAAUGGAGACUGAGCACAGCCUAAGAACUUCUGAGCUUGAGCACUUAUAUACACUCAUUGCUGGUUCUGCUUGGCCAGCACCAAGGUCAUGUCUGCAAGGCAGCCAGAAGAGGCUUCUGUGGCUCUCUAAGUUAUAUAUUUUAAUUAGACAAACAGAAAUGGUCAGUGCUGAAGGCUGUAUUUUUCAUAGGCAGUGUAGUCUUAUAACAACAACCAAAAAAACCAACCAAGGAAGCUUUCUAUUAUUUCAUAUAUGUUUAAAUCCCAACUGAGCCAGACUUCCACCUUUCUCAUUUUUCUGCUAGUAACUAUCUUGUAAACUCCAUUGGAAAUGUAGGACUGUGGGAAUACUAAGUCUAAACAUAUGUUGGGUGACUUAGGUGAAUUCUUGUGCAAGUAAAUAAUAUUUAUACCACUACAGGUUUACUUUUAUUCUGCAAAGAUUAUUUUUUUAUUACUGAAACAAAUGUGCUUCUACAGUGGAAAUAAAUUUGACUACUACACUCCAAAA